AACGGUACGUUUUCAGGGAUAGCGAAAGUAUGUCUCGAGGAAGGUAACAAAGAAUACAGACAAGGAGAAGCUAAUAACGCGAUAAACUCCUACACGGAAGGACUUCAAGUGAACUGCAAAGAUAAACGACUCAACGCCAAGCUUUACAGUAACAGGGCAACAGCUCAUUUCCGUUUGGGUAACAAUUUCAUUUCUAAAUAUAUAAAUCUCUCAUGCAGCGUUACAAGAUAACGGAAUACACAAUCUGCAUCAAGAAAAGAAAGAAGUUGAGCAACAGCAGAGGAAAAGCACAAAUACAUGAAUCCCCCUUUAGUGGAUGAAAAUUAAGAAAAGAAAUGAUUCUCGUUAUUAGACUGCAAUUUAAGCAAUUGUAAUUUUUCAGGCUUCUUUGCUGCAAUUUCAUUGGAUGACAACUUUUUUAAACCUCAUUUCCUGAAUCUCAUAGCAAACUACAUGGAAUGUCUGGAUGAUGCAACAGUUGCUGUUCAAUUGGAACCCACUUUCAUCAAAGCUAUUAAGAAAGGUGGGUUUUUCAGACAUAAGCCAUCAAUAUUUUAUUCUCUGAUUUCGUCAAAAGAGGAUUGUGUGGUUUGUGGCAGGUAACUGCACUCCAAGUGUCAAUUGUAUCUGGUGUGUCAAUGUCUGUUAUGUGGGUAUAAAGCAUAAGAAAAUGCCAAUAAGCUCUCAAAUACCGCUGCCUGGUUAGUUCACGUUGUAGAGCGCCGGAGGUCGAGGGUUCAAGCCUUGGACCGGACCAUCACCCUGAGUCUUAAAAUAUCUGAGGGCAAUGUGCUGCCGCCUAAGCUGUGACAUCUGCAAAUGCUUUGAUAUUCUUGUCACGGAUAUGGACGGAAAACUGUGAGCCCCGUUUCCUAAAUCUUCUCUGUAACUAUUAGCAGGGGACGUUACAAAACCCGAAAAAGAAGCACCUGAAAGAUUCCCUAUCAAGAGUUAAACUGCUCAAUGCAGUCUUCCCGAAAACUUCCCCGAAAAAUGCUGAAAAGUGCAUAACAGCGCAUUAAAAUAAAGAAUGCGUGAGAUAAAUUCGUCGUUAUCAUCAUAAAUUGAAGCUUAAUUGGUAGCCGCUUUGUAUUAGCUCCUUAUUGUUCAUUUUGAGUUCUUCCACAAGUUCAAAUUUCCUUCAUUAUCACAAUUUUUGUUCCCAGCUAAAUGACAAAUUAAGUCCAUUUUAUCACUACGUUUAUACCUGAACAGUGAUAAAUUACCUCGCACCACCAGUUAUUCUCUCCUUUUCAGGAGCCAGAGCUUGUGUCGAACUUUGCUGGUAUAAAGAAGCAAGGAGCUGGUUGCAUAUGGGAUUGACCGUAUCCUUUAACGAAUGUUUCCAACGUGAUACGAGAUGCAAUGCGAAUAAUAUUUCAAGAAUAAAAAAAUACGUUCCAGGCAGAUUCUUCUACACAUAAUGCAAGCCAUGUUCUCUUAUACUGCACUGAGCAGUUUAAAGAAGCUAAAAUAUUAUUAAGGAGUUCUUUCGAUUAUUCGACGAAACUUUACUUGAACUAAUUCUCAGAGUUUCUGCUAAAUGCCCCUCGUUUUUGUCUUGAGACGAGCAUCACCAUGACGACCGAAUCUAAACUAAUAAAUGCGCUUCAGAACUAGUUAACACUCUCGAAUAACUUGAAAUCAAAUCUCUUCAAGAAAACCACACUCGAAUUAUCAUUCCAAUUUUAAGGUUUUAUCCAAUACUCUCAUUAUUUUUAAAACAUAUUUCCAUUGUAUUUUCGCAAAUCCGCUCAUGAUAUAGUUACCCUUGACACGUUUUAAGAUUGACAACAAUAACGAACGUCUGCUUCAAUUAAAAAGGAAAUCGAAUACUGAACUAAAGGUCAAAGCAGACACUUAUGCUAGUCUCGGAUGUACUUACCAUAAUGCUGCGCAGUUCGAUACAGCAAUCGAGUACCAUCAACUUCAUCUAGAAAUUGCUAAAGAAGUGGAAGACAAGGCCAGAGAGGGAGCAAGUUAUGGCAGUCUCGGCAACGCUUAUCAAGGUCUAGGAGAGUUCAAAACAGCCAUCAAGUACCAUCAACGUCAUCUAGAAGUUGCUAAAGAAGUGGGAGACAAGGCCGGAGAGGGAAGAAGUUAUGGCAGUCUCGGCAAUGCUUAUCAAGGUCUAGGAGAGUUCAAAACAGCCAUCAAGUACCAUCAACGUCAUCUAAAAAUUGCUAAAGAAGUGGGAGACAAGGCCGGAGAGGGAAGAAGUUAUGGCAGUCUCGGCAACGCUUAUCAAGGUCAAGGAGAGUUCAAAACAGCCAUCAAGUACCAUCAACAAUGUCUAGAAAUUGCUAAAGAAGUUGGAGACAAGGCCAGAGAAGGAAAAAGUUAUUGCAAUCUGGGCAACGCUUAUCAAGGUCUAGGAGAGUUCAAAACAGCCAUCAAGUACCAUCAACGUCAUCUAGAAAUUGCUAAAGAAGUGGGAGACAAGGCCGGAGAGGGAGCAAGUUAUGGCAAUCUCGGCAACGCUUAUCAAGGGCUAAGAGAGUUCAAAACAGCCAUCAAGUACCAUCAACGUGAUCUAGAAAUUGCUAAAGAAGUGGAAGACAAGGCCGGAGAGGGAGCAAGUUAUUGCAAUCUCGGCAACGCUUAUCGCAGUCUAGGAGAGUUCAAAACAGCCAUCAAGUACCAUCAACAAUGUCUAGAAAUUGCUAAAGAAGUGGGAGACAAGGCUGGAGAGGGAAGAAAUUAUUGCAAUCUCGGCAACGCUUAUCGCAGUCUAGGAGAGUUCAAAACAGCCAUCAAGUACCAUCAACGUCAUCUAGAAAUUGCUAAAGAAGUGGGAGACAAGGCCGGAGAGGGAAGAAGUUAUGGCAAUCUCGGCAACGCUUAUCAAGGUCUAGGAGAGUUCAAAACAGCCAUCAAGUACCAUCAACGUGAUCUAGAAAUUGCUAAAGAAGUGGAAGACAAGGCCGGAGAGGGAGCAAGUUAUUGCAAUCUCGGCAACGCUUAUGACAGUCUAGGAGAGUUCAAAACAGCCAUCAAGUACCAUCAACGUCAUCAAGAAGUUGCUAAAGAAGUGGGAGACAAGGCCGGAGAGGGAAGAAGUUAUGGCAAUCUCGGCAACGCUUAUCAAGGUCUAGGAGAGUUCAAAACAGCCAUCAAGUACCAUCAACGUCAUCAAGAAGUUGCUAAAGAAGUGGGAGACAAGGCCGGAGAGGGAAGAAGUUAUGGCAAUCUCGGCAACGCUUAUCACAGUCUAGGAGAGUUCAAAACAGCCAUCAAGUACCAUCAACGUCAUCUAGAAAUUGCUAAAGAAGUGGGAGACAAGGCCGGAGAGGGAAAAAGUUAUGGCAAUCUCGGCAACGCUUAUCGCAGUCUAGGAGAGUUCAAAACAGCCAUCAAGUACCAUCAACGUCAUCUAGAAAUUGCUAAAGAAGUGGGAGACAAGGCCGGAGAGGGAAAAAGUUAUUGCAAUCUCGGCAACGCUUAUCAAGGUCUAGGAGAGUUCAAAACAGCCAUCAAGUACCAUCAACGUGAUCUAGAAAUUGCUAAAGAAGUGGGAGACAAGGCCGGAGAGGGAAGAAGUUAUGGCAAUCUCGGCAACGCUUAUCAAGGUCUAGGAGAGUUCAAAACAGCCAUCAAGUACCAUCAACGUGAUCUAGAAAUUGCUAAAGAAGUGGGAGACAAGGCCGGAGAGGGAGGAAGUUAUUGCAAUCUCGGCAACGCUUAUCGCAGUCUAGGAGAGUUCAAAACAGCCAUCAAGUACCAUCAACGUCAUCUAGAAAUUGCUAAAGAAGUGGGAGACAAGGCCGGAGAGGGAAGAAGUUAUGGCAAUCUCGGCAACGCUUAUCACGGUCUAGGAGAGUUCAAAACAGCCAUCAAGUACCAUCAACGUCAUCUAGAAAUUGCUAAAGAAGUGGGAGACAAGGCCGGAGAGGGAAGAAGUUAUGCCAAUCUCGGCAACGCUUAUCAAGGUCUAGGAGAGUUCAAAACAGCCAUCAAGUACCAUCAACAAUGUCUAGAAAUUGCUAAAGAAGUGGGAGACAAGGCCGGAGAGGGAGCAAGUUAUGGCAAUCUCGGCAACGCUUAUCAAGGUCUAGGAGAGUUCAAAACAGCCAUCAAGUACCAUCAACGUCAUCUAGAAAUUGCUAAAGAAGUGGGAGACAAGGUCGGAGAGGGAGCAAGUUAUGGAAAUCUCGGCAACGCUUAUCGCAGUCUAGGAGAGUUCAAAACAGCCAUCAAGUACCAUCAACAAUGUCUAGAAAUUGCUAAAGAAGUGGGAGACAAGGCCGGAGAGGGAGCAAAUUAUUGCAAUCUCGGCAACGCUUAUCAAGGUCUAGGAGAGUUCAAAACAGCCAUCAAGUACCAUCAACGUCAUCUAGAAAUUGCUAAAGAAGUGGGAGACAAGGCCGGAGAGGCAAGAAGUUAUGGCAAUCUCGGCAACGCUUAUCAAGGUCUAGGAGAGUUCAAAACAGCCAUCAAGUACCAUCAACGUCAUCUAGAAGUUGCUAAAGAAGUGGAAGACAAGGCCGGAGAGGGAGCAAGUUAUUGCAAUCUCGGCAACGCUUAUGACAGUCUAGGAGAGUUCAAAACAGCCAUCAAGUACCAUCAACGUCAUCUAGAAGUUGCUAAAGAAGUGGGAGACAAGGCCGGAGAGGGAAGAAGUUAUGGCAAUCUCGGCAACGCUUAUCAAGGGCUAGGAGAGUUCAAAACAGCCAUCAAGUACCAUCAACGUGAUCUAGAAAUUGCUAAAGAAGUGGGAGACAAGGCCAGAGAGGGAGCAAGUUAUGGAAAUCUCGGCAACGCUUAUCAAGGUCUAGGAGAGUUCAAAACAGCCAUCAAGUACCAUCAACGUGAUCUAGAAAUUGCUAAAGAAGUGGGAGACAAGGCCGGAGAGGGAGCAAGUUAUUGCCAUCUCGGCAACGCUUUACAAGGUCUAGGAGAGUUCAAAACAGCCAUCAAGUACUAUCAACGUCAUCUAGAAAUUGCUAAAGAAGUGGGAGACAAGGCCGGAGAGGGAGCAAGUUAUGGCAGUCUCGGCAACGCUUAUCAAGAUCUAGGAGAGUUCAAAACAGCCAUCAAGUACGAUCAACAAUGUCUAAAAAUUGCUAAAGAAGUGGGCGACAAGGCCGGAGAGGGAAAUAGUUAUAGCAAUCUCGGCAACGCUUAUAACAGUCUAGGAGAGUUCAAAACAGCCAUCAAGUACCAUCAACGUCAUCUAGAAAUUGCUAAAGAAGUGGGAGACAAGGCCGGAGAGGGAAAAAGUUAUGGCAAUCUCGGCAACCCUUAUUGCAGGCUAAGAAAGUUCAAAACAGCCAUCGAGUACCAUCAACAAUGUCUAGAAAUUGCUAAAGAAGUGGGAGACAAGGCCGGAGAGGGAGCAAGUUAUGGCAGUCUCGGCAACGAUUAUCAAGGUCUACGACAGUUCAAAACAGCAAUGGAUUACUAUCAACGCACUCUAGAAAUCGCUCAAGAAGUGGGAGACAAGGCCGGAGAAGGAAAAAGUUAUGGCAAUCUCGGCAACGCUUAUCAAGGUCUAGGAGAGUUCAAAACAGCCAUCAAGUACCAUCAACGUCAUCUAGAAAUUGCUAAAGAAGUGGGAGACAAGCCUGGAGUGGCGUGCUCACUCUGUUCCCUUGGAAACCAUUUUGAGUGCCAAGGAAAUCUCAUGAUGGCCUUUGACUAUUAUUACUCAAGUGUAGAAUUGUAUGAUGAUAUCAGGGCCAGUCUUCAACUCAACGAUCAGUGGAAGAUUACUUAUCGUAAUCUUUACCAAGUAGCAUACAAAGGUUUGUGGCGUAUAAAUCUCAAACGAGGUCAAGCUCUAAAGGCUCUUCUUGCCACAGAGAAAGGACGUGCUCAAGCUCUGAGAGAUCUCAUGACCACAAAAUAUCAGCCUGGAGAUUCUUUAACGCAAGGCGCAUCCCACAUUUCUCUGAGGUGCGUUACAUUGAGUACAGUUUUCAUAGCUAUUAAUGGACCAUGCGUUUACUUCUGGGUUUGCCUCAGUGAAGAUAACAUCCAGAUGAAAAAGGUACACGUCAACGAUUAUAAGUUUGAGGAUGAAUUGGAACGUUUCAUCCAGCUGCUGAACGAAACUACUCUGAAGGAGAUCCGUGAAAGAGAUACUGUUAAAAUCGAAAAUCUUCCUCCUGAUUCGCCGACAGAAGAGGAAAAGGCCAAUGAUGUGAUCCGAGUUGAUGUGAGGCACUCCCAAUCAAGUGCUUUAAAGAAGCUGCAUGACAUUAUCGUUGCUCCUAUUGCUGACCUGAUCGAAGGCAACGAGAUAACAUUCGUUCCUGAGGGGCCAUUUUGCCUUGUACCUUAUGCAGCGUUGCUGGACUCCAAGUCAUCAUAUCUGAGUGAUUCUUGCACAAUUCGUGUGCUUCCCUCUCUGACGACGUUGCAACUAAUUCAUGAUUGUCCAGCUGACUUUCACAUCAAGACUGGUGCAUUGCUUGUCGGCGACCCAUGUUUCAAAGAUAUCAUCUAUCAGGGAAGACGUUUGGAACAACUUCCAGGAGCAAGGGAAGAAGUGGAAAUGAUCGGACGUAUCCUCAAUGUUCCCCCCCUCACUGGAGAAAUGGCAACAAAACAUGAAGUUUUAAAACGAAUAUCAUCAGUGGCCUUAGUUCACAUAGCAGCACACGGUAAAAUGGAAACUGGAGAAGUUAUCCUAGCGCCAAACACCACAAGAGAAAACCCUCAGCCGCAUGAGGAAGACUAUCUACUGACGAUGAAAGAUGUCAUAGAAGCUGGGUUGCGAGCUCGUCUGGUUGUACUUAGCUGCUGUCACACUGCUCGUGGGGAAGUCAUGGCAGAGGGUGUGGUGGGCAUGGCGCGUGCACUUUUGGGUGCCGGUGCUAGAUCUGUUGUAGUAACCUUGUGGGCGAUUGGCGACGAGGGAACCCUGGAGUUCAUGAGUUUCUUCUACGAUGCACUUGCCAAAGGCAAGAAAGCAAGUGAAGCUCUCAAUCAGGCCAUGAAGUGUAUGAGAGAAAUUGAAGAGUUCAAGGAGGUGAUUUACUGGGCACCAUUUGUACUCAUUGGUGAUGAUGUCAACCUGGAUGUCAAGGAUAUUAGAAGCCGAAACAAGUAA